AUGCUGCGCGUCUACCUGGAGGGCUUCCUGGAGGCGGCGGCGCAGCUGCAGCGGGGCUUCCGGGACCCCGAGCCUCCAGGGGCGGGGCGGCGGGAGGCUGGACUUCCGGUCGGCUGGGUCGCGGCUUCCGUCUGCUGCGCGGUCGACCAUCUCAUGCUGCGCGUCUACCUGGAGGGCUUCCUGGAGGCGGCGGCGCAGCUGCAGCGGGGCUUCCGGGACCCCGAGCCUCCAGAGCUGCCGCCUCAGCCGGGCCGCGUGGCCGUGGUGACCGGAGGGACCGAGGGCAUCGGACUGGCCACGGCCAGGAGGCUGGCGGCCCUGGGCAUGCACGUCAUCAUCGCCGGGCUGGACGUGGAGACGGGCUGGGCGGCCGUGGGGACCAUCCGGAAGGAGACGCUGAACCCGCAAGUGGAGUUCAUGCCCUGCGACCUGGGCUCCAUGGCAUCCGUGCGAAGAUUCGUGGCCAGGUUCACGGGCCGGCGCUGCCCACUGCACGUCCUGGUCAACAAUGCCGGGGUGAUGAUGGUGCCCCAGCGGCUGACCGUGGACGGGUUCGAGGAGCACUGGGGCGUCAACUUCCUGGGCCACUUCCUGCUGACGGUGCUGCUGCUGGACGCCCUGGAGGCCUCUGGGAGCCCCGGCCGCUGCGCCCGCGUCGUCACCCUGUCGUCCGCCACCCACCGCGCGGCCUCCCUGGACCUCGACGACCCCCAGGGCAGCCGCGGGUACUCCGCGCACGGCGCCUACGCGCAGAGCAAGCUGGCCCUGGUCCUCUUCUCCUACCACCUGCAGCACCUGUUGGCCGCGGCGGGCAGACACGUCACCGCCAACGUGGCCGACCCCGGAGUGGUGAACACGGACCUCUACAGACACGUCUUCUGGGGCCGCGGGCCCAUCAAGUCUCUCCUCGGACGCUGGGUCUUCAAGACCCCUGACGAAGGGUCCUGGACGUCCGUGUACGCAGCCGUGUCCCCAGAGCUGGAGGGGCAGGGGGGACGAUACCUUCACAACGAGCAGGAGACCCCGUCCCUGGCCGUCACGUAUGACCCACACCUGCAGCGCCGGCUGUGGGCCCUGGGCUGCGAGAUGACGGGCGUCCCGGACGUGACCGAGGACCUUCUCCCCGGGGCCUCGAACCCAGGACCCCGGACCUCCGAGGGGUCCGUGUCUCACUGAUGGGCCUUCACCGGACUCACCUUGACACAGGUGCCCUGAGGGGCUACGUCCUGCUGUCUCCUGCUGACGCCAAAUGCCAGGACUCAGGAAAA